UCCUCAUUGCUUAAAAUGUGAACAUUUUCCUGGGUGUGGUGUCAAGUUCCGUUAGCAGGAAGUUGGAGUUGUGCUUCAUACAAAGUUAAAGUAGUGACUGCUCUCAGAGUGCAGUUAACGUAGCUCAAGAUCUCCUUUCCUAAGUGCUUGCUUCCAAGGCGCCUAAUUGAUCGGUUUGUGCUGGCGUUGCCAUUUCUGAAUCGCAGCAGAGCGGCGAGUAGCCGAUGGGCGGAGCGAACAUCUGCCUUUAAGCAAAAAGCGGCAAUUUGUACAAAAGAAAAUUGAGUCUCUGUUGGAAGUGGCCUGAUAGUACGACAAAGCAAAAUGCCCAAAACGAUCAAUGUUCGGGUUACCACUAUGGAUGCAGAGCUGGAGUUUGCUAUUCAGCCCAACACCACUGGCAAGCAGCUGUUUGAUCAGGUUGUGAAGACCAUUGGGCUGCGUGAAGUUUGGUUUUUUGGGCUCCAGUACCAAGAUACGAAAGGUUUCUCCACCUGGUUGAAACUCAAUAAAAAGGUAACCCAGCAGGAUGUCCGUAAGGAAAGCCCACUUCUUUUCAAGUUCAGAGCAAAAUUCUUUCCAGAAGAUGUAUCUGAAGAACUAAUUCAGGACAUCACCCAGCGCCUCUUCUUUCUACAAGUGAAAGAGGGUAUUCUGAAUGAUGACAUCUACUGUCCCCCAGAAACUGCAGUGCUGCUGGCUUCUUAUGCUGUUCAGGUCAAAUAUGGGGAUUUCAAUAAAGAGACCCAUAAAACUGGUUACCUGUCAAAUGAUCGCCUCCUCCCUCAGCGCGUCCUGGAACAGCACAAGUUGAACAAAGAACAGUGGGAGGAUCGAAUCCAAAUCUGGCAUGAAGAGCACCGAGGAAUGAUCAGAGAGGAUGCCAUGAUGGAAUAUCUCAAAAUAGCUCAAGAUCUUGAAAUGUAUGGAGUCAACUAUUUCAAUAUCAAAAACAAAAAGGGUUCGGAGCUUUGGCUUGGAGUUGAUGCUUUGGGAUUGAACAUAUAUGAACACGAUGACAGGUUGACACCCAAGAUUGGAUUCCCAUGGAGUGAAAUCAGAAACAUUUCAUUUAAUGACAAAAAGUUUAUCAUCAAACCAAUUGAUAAGAAAGCACCAGAUUUUGUAUUCUAUGCUCCUCGUCUCCGUAUUAAUAAGCGCAUCUUGGCACUGUGUAUGGGGAACCAUGAACUGUAUAUGCGCAGGCGUAAGCCUGAUACAAUUGAAGUCCAGCAGAUGAAGGCCCAGGCUAGAGAAGAGAAGCACCAGAAACAGCUGGAAAGGGCACAGCUGGAAAAUGAGAGAAAGAAAAGAGAGCAAGCAGAGAAGGACAAAGAAAAUAUUGAACGGGAGAAGGAGGAAUUGAUGGAAAGGCUGAAACAGAUUGAAGAGCAGACUCAAAAAGCUCAAAGAGAACUGGAAGAACAAACUCGCAAAGCACUGGAGCUUGAACAAGAGAGGAAAUCUGCCCAGGAGGAGGCAGAACGACUGGAACAAGAGCGCAGGACUGCAGAGGAGACCAAACAGGCUUUGAUGGAGCAAUCCAAAAACCAGCUGAAAAAUCAGGAACAACUGGCUGCUGAGCUCUCAGAGCUCACUUCCAAAAUAAAUCUGUUGGAGGAAACAAAGAAAAAGAAAGAGGACGAGGCUUCUGAGUGGCAGCAGAAGGCUGCCCAAGCACAGAAAGAUCUGGAAAAGACCAAAGAGGAGCUUAAAGUAGCUACAGCAACCCCUCCCAUUCUGCAAGCUGAAGAUGAGCGCGCAGAUGAGCACGAUGAGAACAACGCUGAGGCGAGUGCUGAGCUCAGCUCGGAGGGGACCGUUCAGGAUCGCAGCGAGGAGGAGCGACUGACCGAGGCAGAGAAGAACCUCCGUGUUCAGAAGCAGCUGCAGGCGUUAACUUCUGAGCUAGCCCAGGCACGGGAUGAGACCAAAAAGACACGGAAUGAUGUGUUACACGCAGAAAACUUGAAGGCAGGACGAGACAAGUACAAAACUCUGAGGCAGAUUCGACAAGGCAACACCAAGCAGCGGAUAGAUGAAUUUGAAUCCAUGUAAAAUCUCAUUUCCUGUGACCUGCAAAGUCACUAUAAGGGAAUGAAUUUGGUUUCAUUAGGAGUUACCGAGAAACCCUUACUUUUCUAUUUAAUAUACAGCUUAUGCAAAUUGGCAAUAGAGAUGUAUUAAAUUGUUCCUGUGUAGCACAAAACAUUGUCUUUGAUUAUGAGUUUGGAAAAUUGUUUAUUCUAUUUGUGAUUACACCAGCCAGAUUUCUAUAAAAGCCAUGCUCUGUUCGUCUGUUUUUGUAAACCAACUGUUAUUUUGUGCUUGAGCUAAAAUUAAUAUUUUGAACCAGUGUCCAUAUUCUGAACUGUAUAUUUAAUUAAACUACUUUAAAACAGUUCCAAUUAGGUAUGAAGUUGAUUCAAACAUUUCCUGUCACAAAGUUGGGAGCUGUGAAAAGGAUGGAUUUGAAAUUGAUCCUUUUCUUUUGUCAUCACAUUUGUGGCUGGUUUUCAUUUUUAUUUUGUGUUGUCUGAAUAUUCUAAUCCUUGACUAGAUUAUACUCUGGCAUAGCUCAUUCAUAAGUGGAAGUGUAGCUCCAUUCAUGUAAAACCACCUAAUGACUAUAUGAAUGGUUGUCUAUAUUUGCGAUAUUUAUCUUGUGUAAUUCCCCUUGAGGUAUUGUACAUGCACAUAUUUUGGCUAAAUGCUGUGUGGCUUUUAAAGGAAUCUGUAUAGAAUUCAGCUGUGUAAACUUGUUCUGCACUAAAAUUUUAAACUUGUAAAAACAUUUGCUAAAUUUGUAGGAGUCCCUAUUUGUAACGCUGUGGUACCUGGAGGUGCUACCACUCAAGUGCAAUGCCACUUUGUUAAUAGGAAGAGUUAAUUUGGGGAAAAAAUUAGUUGAGCUGUAAUUUACAAUCUGCUAACUUAUGGAUUCCAAGGUGUGUAUCAGGGUUUAACAUACCAUUUGCUGCAAGUAAAAUCUUUGAAGUUGUAUAUUGAAGUAUUAUAAAGGCAUAAAAUUCUGAGCUUUCUAUUCCUAAUUGAAAAUUUAUUGCUAAGAGCUACCAUUUUGGUGCUGAUUUGUUAUUCUUUUUUAUUUUAUACGUAGAAGUGCCAAAAGUCAUUUCAGUGUUACGAUACAUGUGCUUGCAGCCAAGAUCAUUCCUUGUGUUAUUGGUUGCUUUUUUUUCCUAAAUAGUGUUAUGUACUUGAUGUAGUUACUUUGGAAUAACUAUGCAAAGUAGGAAAAGAGAUUUUACUCUGUAACUGGUUUAUUGGUUUGCAACCAUGCAACCCUUUGUAUUUUGCAGGAUAAUUAUAAGAAUAUGCAGUAUUACAUUAAGGAGCCAACUGUUCAUUUAGAAUCCAGUGUUGAUUUUUGUUUUGGAUUAUAUAGCAAUGACUUUGUAAAGUAGGCAAUGCCAUUUGGUAAAUAUUAACAGGGCUCUUCAGCUCAUUGACAAAAGCUGCUUAAUCUCCUUCAGUGAUCUGAAUUUUCUGUACAUUGAAAAUUGGCCAGUGUAAAUUUUAUUUCUGAAUUAUGCUUCCUAUUUAACAAUUAUCAAAGGGAUCUCGGUAACAAACUGUAUGGUUUUGGGGAGCAUGUAUCAAUUUGUCCUUUCUGCGCUAAUAAAUUUUCACAUUUUCUG